UUCACCAUAACAAAAUCCCUCGAGCAAAUAAAAGCUUUUUUGGAAAUAUUUUACAGGUAGACCUAUCAUCAAAGCUCAAUUUUCGUGUUUUCAUAAUCAUGGAUACUGUUCAGAAAUAGAAGGCAUUCGAAAUUUUUUUGAGAUUCAUUUCUUACUUACAAUUCCUUGAUAAAUUUUCUAUAAUUUCCCGCUUGAACUGUCGGCUUAAACUUUCUGUUACUUGUUACAGCUAUUUGAAAUUUUUUAGUUACAAAACUUUGGCGGCUGUACGGCCAUUAUUUGGUGAGGGGUGCAAUAAUCUAAGUGAAUUUUGGAGCAUAUCUUCUUAUGAAUAUAUGAUGAAAGUUUGAUACAUUUGGAAAAGAAAAUGUUGCUUGAUUUUUCUCAACAACUUAUUUCGAGAUGGCAUAUCCUUCAUGCUUUGAUUUAUGAUGCUUCUAAAAUUGUCAGUGUUCCAUGGGCUCCAACGCAUGAUGUAAAGUGGGGGAGGAGGGUCAAGGGAAAAUUUAGUAAUCAUAACAAAAGAUUUUGAAAAAGAUCUCUUGUUUUGCAAAAGUGGGGGGAGGGCAUGCCAUGUGUUCAUUUUCUUCUUGCAUCAAACCAAUUUUCUCUCCGUCUAUACUUUCGCUGUCGAUCAAUACUUCAGACUCUACGUCCGCAUUUCGAGGCGAAGAUAAACAUGUGCACGUCGAGCUCGAGACAAAAGCGCUGAUCAGUGGACGAAAGACAGAAAUGUAUACAUGUUGCUGUUGCUUGCCUCGUUUCUGUUUUGUUUUCCCAACUGGGCGGAGAUUUUAAAGAAGGUUGGGGGGGGGGGAGACCAUAAAUUCAAAAACCAAGCUAGGGUAAAAAGUAGCAAUAAAAGUGCGACCUAAAGAAAAUUUCCAGAUUUGCCCGAUAGACAUACUGGCAGCCAUAAAUUUUCCCGGCAAAAUCUGCUUCUUUGAAGAUUGGGGGUGGGAUGCAGCACCCCCAUACCCCCAGUAGUUUCGCACCUGUAUGCAAAAAAAUUUUCUUCAGAUUGGGACAUAAUCUCUCAGCUUUUUCUUCCUAACAUUUCAUAAAAUUUCAGUAAAUCAAAACUCCUUGCAGGCUCCCAAUAAUUUUAUGAAGUGGUGCCUAAUCUGGACAUUUACCGCCAAGCCCAAAAUUGCAUAAGUACUGAUAAAAAAAUGAACAAAUACCCACAUUGAUAACUUUUGACAGAGCCAUGUACGUUUUAGGGUUUGUGGCUAUAUAUUUGCACACCAUUGCCAAGCCAUGGUAAUUUAUAAUGGGAUUUAUUGCAUGCUUUCACUGACGGUCGCUGAAUACAUUGUUACGUAAAUUAUAUGGCUAGAAACAAUUUUCCCUGUUAGUGCUUUUUUGUUCUACUAUCGCAUUGCUACUGGCAAAAGAGACGGGCCCUGUCUUGAGGAUGGUAUCGAUAAACUGAAAAGAAAAAUUUGGAAAAGAAUGGGAUUUGAUGGCUCAAAUAUGGAGAAGAAAAUGCUCCUUAACAAGACAAGGGACAGUGUGGGAAACGAAACAAAACAUGAUGAUCAACACGAGACGCCUGCUGAUUACGAAUCAAGAUGGAGGACAAUCAGAAUCGUUUACUUAACUAUGGCACUCUCUGCAAUGGAAUUUUCAAUCAUUUUACCAUCAGUUUGGCCUUAUCUGCAAAAGGUUGACCAAGAAGUCAAUGCUCAGUUUCUGGGUUUGGUAGUUAGUGGUUACAGCAUUUUUCAGGUUAUUGGUGCCAUUAUGUUUGGUGCUUGGUGCCAGUACCGUCCAGCUAUCAAGCCACUGUUGGCAAGCGCUUCUCUUCGCUUUAUUGGGAAUGUCUUUUACGUAUGUGCAGAAAACUUUCCUGGUUUUGAUGGGAAAAUGCUGAUACUAUUUGCAAGGCUCAUUGUUGGUUUUUCAGCAGGAGAUAUAGCUGUUUGUCGCGCUGUGACAUCCCAGUCAACUGCAAAAAACGAGAAGAACAAUGCAUUGAAAGUCAUGGUUGCAGUGAAAGAAUUUGGAGCUGCAAUGGGUCCAGCUCUACAAGCUGUAGCCGUACCCCUGCUGGGUAAAGGCCUACAUUAUUCUUUUGUGAAUAUUGACAUUUUCAACAUUGCUGGAUGGAUCGGAAUAGUGAUGGCAGUUUUCAGAAUAAUCAUCACUCUUAUCUGGUUCAAAGAGCACAACAUUGAUGUAAAAGAUAACACAGGUGAUCUUCCAAAGCCGAACCUGCGUGCCGCUUUGGUUAUAACAAUCGUCUUUUUUGUCCUUUAUUGUGAUGUUUCGAUUAUUGAAACUAUGACAAGCCCAUUGCUCGGAGACGAGUUUGCCCUGCGAAAAGACGAAGCAGUUCUGUACGCAGGGAUAACCCUGUCUUCAUUAAGUAUUAUCAUAUUGGCAGUUUAUAUCAUCAUCAGACGUACACAAAACAGAUUUCGCGAAAGGACAAUUCUUUUGACCGGGAGUUUCAUAACGCUUGUGGCAUUUGUUGUCCUUCUGCCUUGGGGAAGUGAGCGCCCUAUACUUCAAUCGAAAGAUUCAAUUGUUGUCGGAAAUGUUUCAAAGAUAAUAUUGUCACCCGGUUGCCCAAUCAAGUACCAUUGGUGCAAAACCACGCCCAAGAUACGCCCAAUUCAAAUUGCUAUUGGGGUUUUCUUUGCGUUUGUUGGCUAUGCUAUGUCCCGGAUUGUCAGUAAUCUACUUUAUUCAAAAAUAAUUGGACCAAGGAAACAGGGUUUGUACAUGGCCUUCUUCAGCUGUGCUGGCUCACUUGGAGAUUUUGCUGGACCACUGCUAACGACUUCAUUGUAUGCACAUUUUGGACCCAGAGGAUUGUUUCUUUGUGCAGCGAUUGUAAACUUAAUUACUGCUACGAUGCUUGCAGGUUUUCAAACAAUAUUAGUUCCAUUCGAAGAAUAUGUUAAAGUACCUAGCGCUAAUGAAUGAUAAUUUUAGUAUAUAAAACAAUAUCAUUGGGUUAUAAUUUUUUAGAGUCUAAAU